GUUUUUGGGAGAAGCCCGAGUGCCCCUGCGAGAUGUCCUCUCCUCCCCCAGCCUGGCGGCCUCCUACAACCUCCCCUUGCUGGACACCAAGAAGCAGAGCACUGGGCCCCCCCCGCGGGGAGCUGCCCCCCUGUUCCCCCCCCCGCCCCCCCCGGAGCCAGCACCGGCUGCUUCUGAGCCCGACACGGUCACUGAGACGGCAGGAGAGGAGGAGACGGAGGAUCAGGCAGCGACGGGGGAUGAGACAGAGCCCUCCUCCUCCUCGGGGCCACCGGGGUCUGAGCCCCCCUCACUGCCCCGUAAGCCCCCCGUGCACCAUGUCCAGGGAGUGAAGCGAAGGAGGAGCUCACCCAAAAAGCCUCUAUCCAACAAGCCGCAGGACUUCCAGAUCCGGGUGAGGGUCAUUGAGGGCCGGCAGCUCCCUGGGGUCAACAUCAGGCCCGUGGUGAAGGUGACGGUCGCCGGGCAGACCAAGAGGACAAGGAUACGCAAAGGCAACAGCCCCUUCUUUGAUGAGACCUUCUUCUUCAACAUCUUCGAGUCACCAGCUGAGUUGUUCGAUGCGCCCAUCUUCAUCACGGUUGUGGACUCUCGGUCUUUCCGGACGGACUCGGUGAUCGGGGAGUUUCGGAUGGACGUCGAGACCAUUUACACUGAGCCAAAACACGCUUUUCUCAGGAAAUGGCUGUUGCUCUCUGACCCGGAGGACUUCUCCGCGGGGGCCAAGGGCUAUCUGAAAGUCAGCCUGUUCGUGCUGGGGCCUGGCGAUGAAGCUCCUCUGGAGAAGAAGGAGGUCUCUGAAGACAAGGAAGACAUUGAGGGCAACCUCCUGCGUCCCACCGGGGUCACCCUGAGAGGGGCUCACUUCUGCCUGAAAAUCUUCAAAGCCGAAGAUUUGCCCCAGAUGGAUGACGCCGUCAUGGACAACGUCAGGCAGAUCUUUGGCUUCGAAAGCAACAAGAAGAACCUGGUUGAUCCCUUUGUGGAAGUCAGCUUCGCGGGCAAGACGCUCUACUCGAGGAUCCUGGAGAAGAAUGCCAACCCGCAGUGGAACCAGCGCCUGACGCUGCCGGUGAUGUUCCCUUCCAUGUGCGAGAAGAUGAAGAUCCGGGUGACCGACUGGGACCGUCUGACGCACAAUGACGUCGUCGGCACUGCCUACCUCUCCAUGUCCAAGAUCUCGGCCCCCGGCGGGGAGCUGGAGGUGGACGAUGGACUCGGGUUCCUGCCGACCUUCGGUCCCUGCUAUAUCAACCUCUACGGCAGCCCCCGGGAGUUCACCGGCUUCCCCGACCCUUACGAGACGCUCAAUUUAGGAAAGGGCGAGGGAGUCGCGUAUCGUGGCAGGAUACUGGUGGAGCUGGAGACCAAACUGGUGGAGCACGUGGAGCAGAAGGUGGAGGACAUUUCCGCGGAUGACAUCCUGCGGGUGGAG